AAUACAUCGUCCAUAUAUACCUUGAAUCGCGACCUACACGGAUCAGUCUUCGAAAUGGUGCGAGCGCGAAAAUACGUCGUCAAACGUCAAUUCCAAGGCGUGCCCAAGCAAGAGGACUUUGAAAUAACAACAGAAGAAUUGCCAGCGAUAAAAAAUGGCGAAAUAUUAGUGAAAACUGAAUGGGUGAGCGUGGAUCCGUACCAACGCGCUUACAACGCAAGGUAUCCGACGCCGUACGACCAAUUCGGGUUCCAACUGGCCGUUGUCCAGGAUUCCAAGAACCCUAAAUUCCCUGUCGGCUCCAAAGUGGUGUCCCACAAAGGAUGGCGCGACUACACUGUGAUCGACCCGAAUUCUGCGCCCACGCCGAUGGACAAAGCCUACAGAAUGCCCGACUUGAAAGGAUUACCAGAAUCAUUGAGUAUCGGCGCUGUGGGUAUGCCCGGAGCGACUGCCUACUUCGGACUAUUGGAACUUUGCAAGCCGAGACCCGGCGAAACGGUGGUGGUCACUGGGGCAGCGGGGGCCGUGGGUUCGAUUGUCGGUCAGAUCGCGAAAAUCAAAGGCUGCAAGGUAAUUGGUUUCGCCGGAUCCGACGACAAAGUCGCAUGGCUCGAGACCGAAUUGGGUUUCGACAAAGCUUUCAAUUACAAAACCGUCGACGCUGCAUCUGCGUUGAAAGCGGCCGCGCCCAACGGCGUAGACUGUUACUUCGACAACGUUGGCGGUGAAUUGAGUAGUACAAUUAUAAAUCAGAUGAAUACGUACGGCCGUGUGGCCGUGUGUGGUUCUAUCAGCGCUUACAAUGAGGAUCCGUCGAGAGUGCCCAAGGCGUCGAUACUCCAGCCUGCUUUGGUUGGUAAGGAGUUAAAAAUUGAGGGGUUUUUAGUUCCCAGAUGGGCCGACAGGUGGCCGGAGGCGUUUGCAGAUUUGGUCAAAUGGAUAUCUUCGGGACAAAUGAAGGUACAAGAACAUGUGACCGAAGGAUUCGAUAAUAUUUUUAAGGCGUUUGUUGGUAUGCUCGCUGGGGAGAACGUGGGUAAAGCCGUUGUCAAGGUCUAAGUGCGCGUGAGUUGAUUUCCAACAAGUUUUUGUAUGUGAAAUUUUGUGAGUGAAAUGUUGGUAUAUAUAUAAUGAAUUAUUUUUUUUAAUGAGAA